AUGGAGCAUGAACUAACAUUGUGCUUGGUGGAUAGUGCAACCACGCAUACUAUCCUAACGGAUAUGGGGUUUUUUCGUACCUUAAACAAAUCAAGUAGUAAUAUUACUACCAUUUCUAAUGAUCAGGUACAAAUAGUGGGCUCCGGAAGAGCAUCUAUCAUCCUCCCUAAGGGUACAAAGCUACUGAUUGAAAAUGCUUUGUUAUACCCUCAAUCUAAACAAACAUUGCUAAGUUUCAAGGAUAUUUGUUUGAAUGGUUUCCAUACUGAAACCAAGACUAAGAACAAUGAGGAGUUCUUAAUCAUGACUCAGUUGAUGACUGGUAAAAAACGAGAGGUCGAGGAACUUGCCUCCUUAUCCUCUGGGUUAUAUUAUACCUAUAUACAACCCAAUGAUUCAUUUGUUGCACUAACUAUGAAACUCAAAAAUUCACAUUCUUUUAAAAUGUGGCAUGACCGUCUGGGUCAUCCUGGACAAAAUAUGAUGGGUUGGAUCAUAUCUAAUUCUGCUGGACAUAACCUGUCGAGAUCUCAGAGAUUGCAGGGCGAUAUUUGUGGACCUAUUAGUCCACCUUCUGGACCAUUUAGAUAUUUUAUGGUCCUUAUUGAUGCUUCCACUCAUUGGACUAAUGCUAGUCUACUGUCCACGAGGAACAAAGAUUUCACUAAAUUUGUUGCGAAAAUUAUUGAGUUGAAUGCCCAAUUCCCAUAUUAUCCCAUUAAAUCAAUAAGAAUGGAUAAUGCUGGAGAAUUCACGUCAACGGCUUUCAAUGAUUAUUGUAUGGCCUUGGGCAUCAAAGUGGAGCAUCAUGAAAUCUCAUGGGAUGAAAAGGAUCUUCAGUAUCUAGACCCACGUACUAGUCAAACUGAACUAGAAGUUCAUAAAAUUAUUAAUUUGCAAAAUUUAGCAAAUAACCUACCAGAUGCUUUUACUGAUAACAGAGGAGUGACUAGGUCUCAUAUCCCUGCUGUGAAUGCUCCUUCGAGAGUUGAAGUCCCCAAGGGACCAAGUAUGCACACUGACACUCCCCAUCGCCAGAAGCGCGGGAGACCACUUGGUGCAAAAGAUUUAAAUCCGCAGAAGACGAGAAUUGGUAAAAUAUCUAAGUUACUCCAGAAAAAUGUUAACCGUCCUGAAGACGGUCGUCCCAAAGACGGAGAACCUAGUGAACCUGCACGUGCUCUAAAUAAUAUGAACACUGGGGAUGCGGAACAUCCAGAUCAGAAUAUUUUGGGAAAUGAUGAUGAUCUGGUUGAUGUCAAUAUAGAAACUGCCAUAAAUUUUGUUGAUACAGGAGAAACAUAUAACAGAGAUUUAAUAGUCGUCGACGACACUUUUGCCUAUGCAGUUGCCUAUAAUAUUCCACAAAAUAAUCUGGAUCCAGAACCAAAGUCAAUAACUGAGUGCCGGAAGCGCUCUGACUGGUUGAAGUGGAAACAGAGGAAUGAAAACAACGAGGUGGUUAGAUAUAAAGCAAGAUUGGUAGCUCAGGGGUUCACGCAGAGACCUGGAAUUGAUUUUGAUCAAACAUACUCUCCUGUUAUUGAUGGUAUUUCAUUCCGCUAUUUAAUAUCACUGGCAGUAAACAUGAAAUUAGAUAUGCAGUUGAUGGAUGUAGUGACAGCUUACCUUUAUGGGUCACUAGAUGCUGAUAUAUACAUGAAAAUACCCGAGGGUAUUCAAAAUUCCAAUAUGAGGGAGAAAGAUCGAAACAUGUAUAACAUCAAACUUCAAAGGUCAUUAUAUGGCUUGAAGGAAUCUGGGAGAAUGUGGUAUAACUAUUUGAGUGAAUUCCUCCUGAAGAAGGAAUAUGUUAAAAUGAUAUUUGCCCUUGUAUAUUCAUUAAGAAGUCAUCUAAUGGUUUCUGUAUUAUAUCUAUCUAUGUCGAUGACAUGA